CGAAGAGGGUGGGGGGAAAAUAAUCCCUUAGGAAGGAGUCUCUCUCUCUCACACUUAUAAUAUCCCGUCGUCUCCGGGGAAGGAAAACCAAAGUCUCCUUUUUUUUUUUUUAAAUGAAAUAUUUAUUUUAAAGUUUUGACCAGAGCGAGAGACCUUGUGUUCUUCUUCCCCUAGCUAGUGUCAUUUUCCAAGAUAUACUCUCGAGGUGCACCAGACCCAAAUCCUUCCUCUCUAUCUCUCUCUAUUCCAUUUCCUUUCUAUGCACUUUCUGGAUUUCUUUUUUUUUUUUUUUUUUUAAUUUGUAGAUUUUUUUUCUUCCUCUUAGCUUGACAAUACAGUUGCUUCUUUUAUGCCCUCUCUCUCUAAUCUCUAUCCACCUUUACUCACUCUCUCUUUCUUGAGCAUGUUUGUUUGUUGAAGAAGAUUUAUGAACCUUUAGCUCUUUGCUUCACCUCUCUACAAGCUCUCUCUCUCUCUCUCUCUCUCUCUCUUCCUGCUUUUCCUUCCUCCUUUAGGCUUUAAAGCAUAAAUCAACAACUUCUCUUUCAAAGCUUUUUUAUCCAUUAUUAUACCAAAGCAAAAUCUCUCCCUCUCACAUAUAUUCUUUCUCAGGCAGAAGAGGAAAAAGAUUAAAAGAUCCACUUCACUACUAUAUACUUGAUACUUCUUUUUUCUUCUCAUUUUCUUUCUCCCCAGUUAGAUUAGCCAAGCAAAAGUGGGGGAAAAGCAACUGCUUGAUAAAGAAACCAACUGAAAAUGCCAUUAGAAGGGGUUUUCGUUGAACCCUCUUCAAAACCACUUCCUGAUCUUUCUUUACAUAUUAGUCCUCCCAAUACUUGCCCUUCUUCCGUAUCCAACUCCACCAACAAUAUUGAAGCAGAUGCAAGCUUCAACCUUUUGAUGAGCAGGCAACAAGGCAUCCAUAAAUCCAACAAUAUUGGCUCCAUAAGGACUAGUGAUUCUCAAGCUUAUAGUACUGAGCUCUCUCUCGCACACCCAGCAAAUUCCUUCGAUGAACUAACCAGAAACAAAAGGAAUUUCACAGGUGUUGGAGCUGAAGAUCCACCACGCAACACUUAUCAACAAAGUCACCACCAUCAUCAUCUACACCAUUCUAGCACUCACUUAAGUAACUUAAAUCACGGGGUUUCUCGACUUGAUGUAUCAGAUGGGUUGAGGCCGAUAAAAGGUAUUCCAGUCUAUCACAACCGUUCAUUUCCGUUUCUUCCUUCGGAACAGUCGAGAGAGAAUAAAGAUCCCAAGAUGUGCUUCUACCAAAUGCCCUAUCCAUCUUCCUCUCUGUGCUCUCCUUCUGUUGCCCCUCACACUUCUUCACCUUAUUAUAUUGGAGGAAGUGGUUUAGAUCCCUUGCCCUUGCUUAAAUCAUCAGGGCCAAAUCAAUCCCUUCCUGCUUACAACCGGUUAGCGCCAACCACAAGGUUUAAUGGGCUUUCAAUGGAUGCUUUCAAAUCCCCACAACUGCACCACCACCACAAUCAGUAUGGACUUGGAUCCGGUGAGGCUUCUCAUGGGUUGAUUAGAUCAAGAUUCUUGCCUAAACUUCCAACAAAAAGGAGCAUGAGAGCACCGAGAAUGCGAUGGACAAGCACUCUUCAUGCUCGAUUUGUCCAUGCCGUUGAGCUUCUUGGGGGCCAUGAAAGAGCUACUCCAAAGUCAGUUCUUGAGCUCAUGGAUGUCAAAGAUCUCACAUUAGCUCAUGUGAAGAGCCAUUUACAGAUGUAUAGAACUGUUAAGACUACUGACAAGCCUGCCGCCUCCUCAGGCCAAUCAGAUGGAUCUGGAGAAGAAGACAUAUCCCCAAUGGGCAAUGGAAAUGACCAAAGCCUACGGCGAUUUACUGGUCAGAGAGGACCUUCAGAUGGAUCAGCAGUGCAACAAGAAAUCGACUACUCUUCUACUGCUACUACACUCUGGAGUAAUUCUUCAAGUAGUAGAGAAACCUGGCCACAGACAAACUCCAAUGACAUGGAUGGGCAUAGAGAAGCAAAAUUGCAGACACAACAAAGAUCUGGUCACCCAGUUGAGGAAUGCAAUUCAACUAAGUUGAAAGGCUACUUAGGAACCAAUUUAGAUUGCAAGAACCCAAGCUUGGAAUUCACAUUAGGCAGACCAGACUGGCAAGGAAAUGAACGUAAUUAAUAUAAUUUUGCUAUACCUUUCUUGUCUAGUGAUCUUUUCAUUGGAAUUUCCUUGGAGUGUUUCAGUGUAGUCUUCAAGAAUGAGAAGGCAUAGAGUUAUUUAUAUAUAUAAAUAUAUAUAAGAUUGUUAACAAAGCUGGAGGAAGUUGAAGAAGAAUGAUGAGGAAGAGAGUCGGGUUAAUUUCUUUCUAGUUCAAUGCAUUUUCAAGUCUUCUUUUUAGUUGAGACGUAUGUUUUGGAAGGAUUUGCAUGUGGCUAAUGAAAGAGUUGUAAUAGAAAACAAAGCAUGAGACCAGGAAACCUUGAUUCUGCAGUUUGAUGAAGAGGGUAUAUAUAGCCAUCAUCAACCGAUAGCUCUAGCCAUAUCAGAGGACAAAAUUGCACCAUAGUUAGGGUUUCUGUUAUUUUUGUACUGUGUUUGGUUACUUAGUAAUUCACUUGUAAAGCUUAAAUUUGCUGAUCAUGAAACUGGCAAUCUUCUUGAUUUUGGAGAGAACUUUCUUUCUUUUAACAA